AUGGGAGUGCAAGGUCUCUGGGAACUGCUGGCUCCGGUGGGGCGCCGCGUCUCCGUCGAAACCCUCGCCGGGAAAAAGGUCGCCAUAGGUGUCUUUCUGUCUUCUCACAAUUGGACUCGAUUUCUUUGUUGUCUCCAAUUUUCCUUAGUCGCUGCAGCAAUUGCAGUGGUUCUGAAUUGUUGUUGCCGUCGCAGAUGCCAGCAUAUGGCUUGUGCAGUUCAUCAAGGCGAUGCGGGAUGAGAAGGGAGAGAUGGUGCGCAACGCGCACAUUCUCGGCUUCUUUCGUCGCAUCUGCAAGCUGCUCUUCCUCCGCACCAGGCCCGUCUUCGUCUUCGACGGCGGUACCCCCGCCCUCAAGCGCCGUACAGUCGCGGCGAGACGGCGCCACCGGGAAAAUGCUAGUGCCAAGAUCCGGAAGACCGCCGAGAAGCUCCUUCUUAACCAUGUGAGUGCAAUCAUCACCAUAGCUACAAUCGAUCCUCUUUUCCCCUUCACUUCCAGCUUCUUUAAUUCCCGAAGUGCGUUCGAAACCUCUACGAAGCUGUGGCAUUGUUUAUGCUGGCAGCAUAUUCAUUGUGCCGUCGGUCGACUUCGACGAGAUUUAAGUUAUUUUCGCUUGCUUCUUCUCAUUUUCAACAGCUGAAAGCAAAGAAACUGGAGGAAUUGGCGGCAGAAAUUAAAGACAGCAAGUUUAAGGACGAUCCAAAAGGGAAGCACGUUGUACCUGAUCAUAAGGAUGGGUUGUCUGACACAAGAGCUUCGGAAGAAACUGAUCACCCUCUGCGUACUGGUAUCAAUCCGGAACGGCUAGAUGAAAUGUGAGCACAUCGCCUUGAACUUGUUUUCGAGACGUUGAAACUUUCACCUAUAAAUUUUCGGUGCAUUAUGUUUCAUUACUUGCGGGUCAUGUUUAGGUUAGCGGCAUCCAUUGCUGCAGAGGAAGAAGGGACAUUCAUCAGCAACGAAGCAACAUCCACUAGUCAAUUUCCUCAUGAAGAGGAGUUUGAUGAAGAUGAGUGUGAAGAGAUGACAAUAGUAAGUCUUGCGAGAAAGCAGUUUUAUCUAGGUUUUCUAAUCAUUGCUAGUUUACUUGAACUUUUAAUAGCACAAUCAGAACGGUAGGAGAACGUGUUUUAAAAGUCCGCACUGUUUCAAAAAACCAUAGACGGAGAAACGGGAUGAUCCAAUGUUUCGCCAUCAUUUUAUAUAUCUAGUUUUCAGUUUUUAUUUCAGCGGAUGACAUAAAAUUUGAAAUAACCUUACAGGUUCCUAUAUGUCCUCAUAUAACCCUGGUGUCAGUCUGUCUAUAUGGAACUAUAAUUAAGAAAGUGGAUUAGAAGAGAUCUAAAGGUGGCCCUGAAUAGAAUAAACUCGGGGUCUGGGAAUAAAAGUUUGUACUUGGCUCAUACUUGUUAUAUAUCAAAUAUUCCGAAACUUUUCCUCUUGCAUUGAUGAUUUUUCAAGAAGCCCAUAAUAGCUUUGAAGUUUUCUUGAAUUGACGUCCCAAAAACACUAACCGUGUCUGUUGAGAGCCCUUGCUUGUGUCAUGUUUUUCCUCAUAGUUUUUUAUAUUAGUUUACUUAACAAUGAGCCUUUGGUGUCCAACCAGAAGGACCACGCUUCCCUUUUUUUCUAGCUGUAGCCUCUUGAGUUUCUCUAUAUUUCUGAAUGAUUGAUUCUUUAAGGUUCACAGUUUUUGUUGAGAACUAGUGGCAUAACAACCCAAAAUGCUUGCCUUUUCUGAAGAAUUCAAUCAGAAUAUGCUCUUUUCCCUUACAGCUCAAGCUGCGUUUCAUUUUCUCGAGAUUGUCUCCUUAGUUAUUUGUGUCUUCAGAGGAUUGCAUUGAUAAUGGAGAAAUAUAUGACUGACUUUCCCAAAGGGCAGUCUGUUUUGUGAAAUUGUUUUGUUGUGUUCUGAUCAUAGUGAAGUUCAUUGGACGCUUCGUUUGUAUUGAAUUUUUAUUAGAAAAGAUUCGUUCCUAUCAACGUGGUCCAAUCUUCUCCUAUGUCGAGUGUUGGAAGUGUGUAGGCAUGAAUGUGGUGUGAAGCCUCAUCACCCAUUGAUUGUUUCCACAUAUUAUGCGAUGUAAACGAUAAAGAACUGGACAGGACCGUGGCCACACCUUUUCUUUGGAUAACCACAUUCAUUAAGAUGAUCUACUGUAUUUUUAUUUCAAUUCACUGCCUGGAAUUCUGUGAUGAUUUAUGGUUAACCGAUUUCGUGGCGUUUGCGUAAAGUAUUUUUGAAGCCUUUCUCACACCAAGGUUUGUAUCUUCCCUAGCGAAUUUGUUUUCAUUGGUAAUUUAAAUUCGAAACCUCUCUCUUUCUUUAUAGUGCUCGAGAUCCUCCUCUUAUAGUCAAGAUUUACUUACUGUAAAAUAAAAAAAAUCAAAUUACCUUAUUCAGAAACAUUAUUAGUGAAACUUUUUCUUUUACGAGGAAGUAAUUAAUGUUGGUUUCGGUCAAAUUUGCUGGAUUAUGAUUGGAGUCUCACCGUGUCAUUUUAUCCCUCUGUGAGGGCUAGUUAUCCUCUCUUAUUUUUGGCUCAUAUUAAAAAAAUGAGUUAUACCAUGAUUCGUUAUUGAUGAAGUAUAUCUAAACCAGUUACGAGUUGUUCUGAAAGCUCUUAGCUCUAAACUCUGAACUGUGCUUGAUUUGCACUGAAUUUCCUUGCAAAGGCAGAACAGCACUUCAUUGGGGGUCAUGACAUGCAUGCCAGUGUCAUUCAUGUGCAUCAUCGGUUGUUCCUACAAACUUCAAUGCUGCCAACAUUGAUUGAAACUGUUUGGUCUUUUUAUAUUUUGCAAAUAAAAUGGAAUUCCCUUAUAUUUUAAAAGCCCCCCUCCCCCUCCCCUCCCCCUCCCCUCCCCCUCCCUUCCCCCCAAAAAAAGAAAAAACUUUUGUAGUUCGGUUGUUUCAUGUUAAAACUUUUGUUUAGGGCAGUAUAUUUUUUAUAAUUUUACAUUAAAAAUUAUACCUUGGCAUUGAUUACUUGCAGCCUGUUGGAAAUGGUAGUCUUGACCCUACCGUGUUAGCUUCUUUGCCGCCAUCUAUGCAGCUUGAUCUUCUUGUUCAGGUAUAACCCAUACUAUAGACAUGAUGUUCCAUUUCAUCUCAUUUUCGUCUUGAUUCUGAACCAUAAUCCAAAUGUAACAAUGCCUUUUCCCCUAGAUGAGAGAGAGGUUGAUGGCUGAGAAUAGACAGAAGUAUCAGAAGAUUAAGAAGGUUUUGCUCUGUCAUAUUUCUCUUUUAAUUUUAUAAUUCCUAUUCAAUGGCUACCAACGUUUUGAAUUUUUAUAUUGUCUUUUACAGAAGCUUUCAUGUUGUUUUCUGUGUGGUGAGUUUACUUCAUCAGAGUUGAAUCUCGACUUUUUGGUGCUCAGUGCCGACAUUUCUCAUGAGCCAUACUAUUAAAAAUGUUGUAUUGCAUAGAUCUCAUGGGUAUAUAAUUGUGAAUACAAUGUCUCUCACUCAAUUUUAUAUCAAACUUCUCAACACUUCCCUUCAAAUUCAGGUAUUUUGAUAUUUUGGUUUCCACCUGCCAUUUGGUGGUACAAGCUUGCGAUUUAAAGAACUGUCACAGAACUUGUAGAACAUCAUGUGUAAUGCUGAAUACUGGGAGGAAAGUCUUCUAUGAAAUCGACUUUAAUGAAGUUUUGCUCUCUAAGUAUAGAAAAAAGUUGGUUGUCAAGAUGUUGCACUCGAAAACCUGUCUUCUUUUGUAGCUGGUUGUCAAGAACUUGCUAUUCACUUCUAUAAGUGAAUAGCAGGUUCUUACUGAAGUAUGCGAGAUGUUUUAUUUGAUUUUAUUCCAAUUCUAAGGAUGGAAAAAAAACAAGUGGAUUUAAUCAUGGUGAUUUUACUUUUAUAUCUACUAUUAAAGUAGUAUGAAGAUUCUGUAUGUUAAAAUGUGGUUUAAUUAAGAUAUUUUGUAAAUGUGAGUUGUUAAAGAUUUUAAAUAUAAUUAAAAGGUAUUCUCUUUGAGGACCAUGGUAUUAUUUUCGAUCUGAAUCAUGCACGCAACCACUACUUCAUUAUUGUAGCUUGUUCAAUUUUACGUUUAAUGGAACUCAAAAAACUAAACUUUUGAGUUAGAAAUGAUUACUUUCCUUAAUGUGUGUGAUCGAGUUUGUACCAGGGCGUUUACCUGGAUUCUGUCAUGCUGCCAAAUAUUAAGUUGAAAAGUCGCAGAUUUUCGAAUGUUGGUGAUUAUGCAAUGGAAAUCUUAAAUAAUGCCAUAGUUAGUUCGAUCACACACGAUGAAAUUCAGCAAGAAAUCUUGUUAGUUCAGUAUGCUAGAAAUUUUGUAUCCAUUAUUUUUUCCACGAGUAUCAAAGAGAAAGCGCAAACCCCCCCCCCCCCCCCCCAAUAAAAAAGGCAUGUAACCUUAAGUUUCGGAAUCUUGUUUUCCCUGACAGAAUGGGGACAUUUUUGGCCUAAAAUGGUCGUAUAACGUAUGUUGACAUAUUAUGUAUAGCCAUAAAAUUUCACUUGGGCUUCUAACUGUUUUGAUAUAACUUUAAGAACUUUGGAAAUUUGUGAUAAACUCCAAUAUUGUUUACACCUUGCAAAUUUAUGUUUUAUUUUUCAUUUUAUUGUUCUGAAUACUUGGAAAAGAAUUUGUAGGACUCAGAUUUCACUUGAGUUAUGAAAAAAAUAACUUACAUCGAUGAGAUAUCAAUUGGAUAUCCUGGAACUUAGGUUUUUUUUUUUUGAAACAACACCUGUGACAAAGAAGCUUACGUUUUUGGCUCUUGAGGAUUAUACCUGUAUCCACAAGCUAUCAUUGUAAGUCUGAACAGAGGUGUUGACGGAUCAAAUAACCAGGAACUGGGAGUUGGUAGAUGAAUGCAACUUUCCAGUUAUUCUUUUCUUCUAUGAUACCUAAGUUAAGGUAAAGGCAGCAUGUUAAAGUGUCAACUCAUGCCAAAAUUCUCCAGAAAAAUUGUCUGUGUUCAUUCAAUCGUGACCAUUUGACAUUAUAUUUAAGAUUUAUAGUACCUACUCAUAUUGUCCAAUCUGAGUCAAACGCAAAUAUGCAGUAAGCACAAAUUUUUUUUCUUUGUGUUCAUACAUAUUUUUUGAUAAGCAUAGUUGUCUUUGUAGUUUGUUCUUGUACAGAUCGACAAUUUUGGAGAUUAUUUCUUUAGAUAUUUUCUAACUUUAUUGUAUUAUAAUAAUUAUUGCAACCUUACAACCAUUUACUUUACUUUUCUGUGAUCUUGUCUAGAGUCCUUCAAAAUUUUCUGAGCUACAAAUACAGUCUUAUCUCAAAACUGUUGCAUUCCGUCGAGAGAUUGAUGAAGUCCAAAGAUCUGCUGCUGGAAAGGGACCAGAAGGACUACAGACUUCCAGGAUAGCUUCUGAAUCUAAUAGGGAGUUCGUAUUUUCAACAUCAUUUACUGGGGAUAAAAGGUAAGCAUGCAAAUCUUUCCAUUUAAAAGGGAUUAAAUGAUUAUAGAUAUUUUAUAUUGAUUCAAAAUUUUUACUCUAACUGAUUGGAAUUUGAUAAGUUUCUGCAUUAUGAAUUCAGUCAGCAUCGUAGCCUUUUAGAACGUGCUCUUUGUUCUGAUUCGUUUUGGUUUAUUUUUGGCGUGAGAGGUUUGUCAUCUUAUAAAAAAGCAAAUAAACAUACCCAAAGAGUGUCAUUUAUAGCUAGAUAGAACCUAUCACAUCCUAAGAACAUCAUUUAUAUUGGGGCAGCUCCUGUUGCUUCAAUAGGACUAAUGCAGACCAAAGUUUGCACAAUUCUAGGGCUUGUUGCCCUCCAUCAUCCCUGAGUUCCUAUGCCUCAACUUUGCUUCGUUGUAGCCAUCUCUAGUAUUUAUGUGACCCAGUAUCUUUUUGUCUCAUUGACCUGUGUACUCUGUAAUCAUGCUUCAAAGAUUUAUUUAUUUUCCGUAAUUAGAUUUGAAAAGCAGGACAUGAUACAAAUUUAAAAAUUCCCAUGGCAAGAAUAACGGCUAUCAUUGGUAACAUUUUUGGAUACGAUGAUGGCUCCUUUGAUCAAUGCUGAAUGGCAUUACAAAACAUACUACAUUCAACAGUGAGUUUUAGGAAUCUCUAUAAUACUGUGCGAAUUCCAGUACCAGAUCAAUAUACUGUUGACAACUUAUUCUAUUGUUCCUAAUUAAUUCUAUCUUUUUUUCAUUAUUAUUAGUUUUUCUGAAAAGAAAAUUUUCAUGUGUGUAACUGUUCUCUCUAGCCAGGAAGUUUACACCAACAGAAGGUGAGAAAAGUGGAACCGUAGAGAAAACAGGAUCAAGCACCGGGAAGGAGUCAAUUCCAGAUGAUUCUCCGAGGGGUCCAUCAUCUAGCAAUCUGAAAUCUACUGAUCGAGUUAAUGAGGAUGCACUAACUGAGGAUUUUGGCCAUGAUAUAGAGACAUAUCGUGAUGAGAGGGGUCGGAUGCGGGUUAGCAGAGUUAGAGGACUGGGAAUCCGUAUGACUCGGGAUUUACAGCACAAUUUAGAAUUAAUGUUGGAAAACGAUGUUGCAAAUAAAUAUGCUGCUGUUCACAAGGACAUGGCACCUAUUGAUGGCGGGGAAGCCAUCAAUCUCCCUGAUAAUUACUCCAAAAAUGACGUUUCUUUUAUGACUAGACUGGAUAGUGAGGCGCCUGGUGAACUUUUGAACAGAAAUACGUCUGUACAAAACAUUAGAGAUGAUGAUCAUUCUUUUGAGGUUUCUACGGUGAAAGAUGAAGCUCCUCUAGAGGUUUCAUUUUCCGUGGAUAACAUGGUAGACGGCGAUGAAGAAAUUUUCUCACAGUUAGUGACCGGAAAGUCAACCUUGGCAUUUCCUUCGGAAGUUUACUCUGUGGGAAAAGAUUCGAAUAGAUCUGAUUCUGAUUCUGAUUGUGAUUCUGAUUGGGAGGAUGGAGACAUUGAGGACAUAGCUAUAAACAGCCUGACUGACAGCAGGGGCAUAGAUCAAUCAUUAUUAGAGGAAAGGAUCAUAAAUGAAAAUGAUGGAUUGAAUUUGGAGGAUGGAGAGUUUCAAAUUGUUUCAGCUAAAUCUGUUUCAAGAGGAUUACGAGAGGAAGAAUCUGAAAUCCAGGAAGCAAUAAGGAGAAGCCUUGAAGAUUUCAGUCAGCAAUCUGUUAGUAGGUCUCUACGUCAGGAUUCUUCUUGUGAGAGGAAUGAGAUAGGCUCUUCUCCAAGGCCUGACCAAGGCGAUGGGCAAAAUUUUAUGCAAGACUCAGCGAUUGCUGAGAGGCUUGGUCUGCUGGAUGGAGCUGUCAAAGACGGUAGACGAACCAUCAACUCUCCUGAAAGGCUGUGUCCAACUAAUACAAUAUUGAUUGACUCUGGUGGUAAAUUACCAGUGACAGAUGUGCCUGACAGAGAGAUUGGAGUUUCCGGUAAUGUAUGGUUCACUCAAUCAAACAACGAUGGCAAGGCGCUGAAUGGGUCCCAAAUAGACAGGGUCUCUACCAGUGGAUUGGUCGGAAUGCCGAGUUGCCUGCAGGAAUCUUGUCAAGAUAUUUCUAUUAAUGAUGAAGAUAAAGUAGAUGUCUUACCUCCAGACAGUUCAGAUAUUUGUGUUACAAGGGCAGGUAUGGAACUCUUAUUCUUUGCUGAUAUUGAAAUAUUUUUUUUUGACUGCGCUUCUUAGAUAUUUACCUUUUUGGGAAGCCAGAUAUAAAUCCUGAUAAAACACAUGGAGCAGCUGUACUGGAUAGCUGCAGAGUCCCUGAAGAAGAAGAGUACAGAUAUGAUACUUCAACUCAUGAAAGCAUGAAUUUACGUACAGAAGCCCUGGAAUCUACUUUGGAUGAAGAGUUGUCACUUCUUAGUCGUGAGUGUAGGGAUCUUGGAGAUGAGCAGAGAAAACUUGAACGUAAUGCCGAGUCAGUCAACAAUGAGAUGUUUGCAGAGUGCCAGGUAAUUUUUUUGUAAUACUCUCCAAAUGGCUAUGUUAUCCAAAUACCUGACAAAUGGCAUGAUUACUCCUGCUGCCUUGGAUCCAUUAUGAUUUGAACAAAUAUCGGAUGAAAACUAUUUUCAUUAACAUAAUCUGUCUUUUCUACAUGCGCUUCUUUCUCUCUCCUUUCAGUGAUUUGGGAGGUUUUUUUUUUCCUUUUUAUUCAUUAAAACUUCUGAGUGCCAUCUUAGUGCAAGAUGCGAGCUUUGUUUCAUAGAAGAUGAUUCACUAAUAUGACCUGGAGAAACACCAUCGUAAUGCCUCUUUGUUGCUUUUAAAUUUCAUAGCGUUUUUGGUGUAACCAUCUUGAGAUUAUUUUCUUUGUGCAUCUAGAGAUUAUCAUCUAGAGUUUUCCACAUAGUAUCAUAGAAAAGUUACUAAUACGGUGAUAUUUUGGUUUUGUGUUCAUUCUUUCUAUGCGUUCGUCAAGAAAUCUGCUGCCUACAAAUAGUUUUUUUUCACUUCAAAUAUAUUGUGGCCAAUCAAACUCAUGAAGGGUGGCUAAUAACGUUUUAUAUUUCUAAAAUCUAUGUCAGCGACCUUGAUCGUUAAGGAUGACUUGUUUCCUUUUCUGGGCAUUCUAGGAGCUGCUGCAAAUGUUCGGCUUGCCUUUUAUCAUUGCCCCCAUGGAAGCUGAAGCUCAAUGCGCAUAUAUGGAAAUAAUGAACCUAGUGGACGGCAUUGUUACGGACGACUCUGAUGCGUUCUUGUUUGGGGCCCAAAAUGUGUAUAAGAAUAUUUUUGACGACAGGAAGUAUGUUGAAACAUACUUAAUGAAGGUACAGUUCUCUUUUCGAAACUUUCAAGUCGCUUAGUUGUUCCUGUUUCAGCAUCCAUUUUCACGGUAUGUUCUUGUUCUCCAUCUAAUUUCUUCCCACCCGCCCAUUCUAGAAGUUUCUUGCCGCACUGAAUUUGUAUCAUUGCUGAUAUAUGUUCAUAUCAUGGAUUUUUAUUUCUCUCUGUUUUGCCUGGUCAGCAGUGAUGAUAAAAGAAAAACUAGUCAAUGAUGAAUUGCUCAUUUGCUAGAUUCUUUUGGGUACUAGGACAUAGAGAACGAGCUUGGACUGAACAGAGAAAAGCUGAUCCACAUGGCGUUGCUCCUCGGAAGUGAUUACACUGAAGGUGUCAGGUAAAAAAUUCAUUGCAUCAUCAGUGAAUUAUACCCAGAUCUGACCUGUUCUUGCCUCCGGUACAUGAUGUUUGUCUCUUAUUUUCUAUGGCUUUUUAUGGAUGCCCAGUCUUGAUUUACUGGUGCACUGCCCCUCCUUGCUCAAGCGGAAAGGGGAAAACAAAUUCAUUGCCAGAGUAACUGUAAUGAAAGAUCUAUAAAGGGCUUAUUUUCUCCUUUUUAUUGCAGCGGUAUUGGGAUUGUCAACGCCAUUGAAGUUGUGCACGCCUUUCCCGAGGAAGAUGGCCUCAAGAAGUUCCGAGAAUGGGUCGAAUCACCAGACCCAUCUAUUUUUGGGAAACUUUAUCCACAUAUCGGUGAUAAAACCAAGAGGCGGCCAUCGAACGCAAACAACACCAACGCAGAUGAAUGUGCUUCAUCUGAUGGGACUCAGGGAGAUGGCUCUCAGUCGUCUUCAAGCGGCCUCCUGGACGUCAAGAGGAUUUUCAUGGAGAAGCACGUAAGUUUUAGUCACAAUUGACCUGACCAUUUCCCUCUUCUUCUUUCAAACGAAGCCACAAUGGGUUCCAUGUGAAAAGCUUCUAUUCCAAUUAUAUCAUAUACCAGAGAAACGUGAGCAAGAACUGGCACAUCCCGGCAUCCUUCCCAAGCAUGUCAGUUGUCUCUGCCUAUAUUAAUCCUCAAGUGGAUGGAUCGACGGAGCCGUUCUCAUGGGGAAAGCCAGACUUGCCUCUGCUCCGAAAGUGAGUUCUUACUUGUUUCUUUCCAUUUCAAGAGAUCUUUGUCUCAUUACUUGAGAUACAAUUUCUUUGAUCUUUGUCUCCACAUCAAUGUUUGCAUAGAACCCCCGAUCCAUUUGCAGAAAAGUCCCUUCUUCAAAAUUCUUUAUCGUCAAGAUUAAAACACGGUCUGCAAAUUAAAUACAAACGGGAUUAUUUUAUGAUGUCCGCUGGCUGGAGAAAGUAAAAUAAUCGGGAAGAACAUCGUGCAUCAUAUAUGAUAUGCACAUAUGUUCAUAUAUUCACACCUCUCUCUCUCUCUCUCUAUAUAUAUAUAUAUAUCUCCUAGCUUCUUGUGUGCCGCCUGAGACAGAUUUCACCAUGAAUGUAGGCUGUGCUGGGAAAAGUUUGGGUGGGCCCACCAGAAAGCUGACGAAUUGCUUGUCCCCGUUUUGAAGGAAUACAACAAGCACGAGGUGAGAUUACUUGAUCUCCAGACAAGAAUCACAGGAUGUGAUAGUAACAUUUGCAUUAUUGUUUUUUAACCAAGAAUAACAACAAAAAAUGAGAUUUUUGAUUUUUGCAUGCUCAAUAUCAUAGUAAUUUUUUUUUGUUUUUUAUUUCUACUAUGGGAAACAGACCCAGCUACGACUAGAGGCGUUCUGCACGUUUAACGAGAAAUUUGCCAAAAUAAGAAGCCAGAGGAUCAAAAGGGCGGUGAAAGGCAUCACUGGGGGGAGCUCGAGGGAACUCAUGGGAGAUCCCGAGGAGGGUGAGUUACAGGGUAAGAAGAGAAAGAAAGCCUCUUCGGAAGCGAAAGAAGCCAAGCCCGAGGAGAGGCCCACAGAAUCUCCUGUUCAGGAUGGGCGACUGGGGGAUGUAAAGCAUGGUUGGAGUGGCAGGGAGGGGAGAGGGAGAGGGAGAGGGAGAGGGAGAGGGAGAGGGAGAAGAGGGAGAGGGUCAGCCAGAGAGAGAGAAACAGAAGCAGCAGAAACCGGCUCGAGUGAUUCCUCUGAUCAUCCUACAAAAAAGGACCAUCAAGUGGAGAUUGCUUGCUCAUCUGAGCUGCGCCGGGUAAAUUACAGACUUCCAUAGAUCUCCUCUCUUGAUUAUGUUGGCUAUAUGUAUAUAUAUACAUAUGCAUGUAUGUCUGUAUAUAUAUGUAUAUAUAUAUAUAUAAUGGGGUCUUCUUUAUACACGGGGAUCAGUCAGGCUUUCAGCAGGAGUUUGCUCCAGAAAGUCAAUGGUCCACAUUUAAGUAA